AAAGCGCUUUGUUGACAACAUGGCAGACAUCACAAAUCUUUUCAAGGCGACAGUAAAGACGCUUAAAUCUAAAGAUAAAGGCUCGACAAAAAUUAAAUCCAAAGACGAUGCUACCCAGAUUCUAUCAAAGCCGAAGCAGAGAGGAAAAUUUGAAUCUCUAUCGAAAGAAGUGGUCUCUACCAUAAGCAAACUGAAAGAAUUUCUACUUGAACACAGAAAGGAAUAUGUGAAUGCCGGAAGCCUUCUGAGUGGAGAGACAUCACGCAUGACGGACACUGAACGAGAGCACAUCGACAAUGAAGCUCAGAACAUCAUCCGCAAGUGUCAGGAAACCCUGGCUACCAUAUGCAAAAAUGCCGAGACAGAAAGGGUUCAUCCCCAGGUGAAGGAGCACAGAGAGGGAGUUCUGGCACUGAUCAAUGCAUACUUGAAAAUGGUGACAAAAAUCUACAGCGAGCAAAGGGCAGUAAGAGUCAAAAGAGUCGUUGAUAAAAAACGCCUUGCCCGGAUAGAGCCAGAGAAACGCCCAGCCCGCUUAAAGUCCUAUUCGCAGAGUGAGUCUGACCUCCCAGAUAACCAGUCUACCAAUGCACAGUCACCGUUACCUGGGCAGGCAGACAACCAGUCAAGCAAUGCACAGACACCGCCACAUGGGAAGACAGACACCAGCAAGAUAAAUACAGGUCGUGGGAGGGUGCCCAGUCCAGGUCCCAGUCACAUGGAGGACAGUGAUGAUGACAUCUCACCCGAGGAGGCACAAAUGUUUGAGCAGGAAAAUAAAGCCAUUUAUGAAGAAAUGAAUAGUUUGUCAGAAGAAUUAAGUAAAAUACAUGGAAAGGUUGUAGAAAUAGCAAGUCUUCAAGAAAUAUUUACAGAGAAAGUUUUAACGCAGGAAGAAGACAUUCAAAGAAUAGCAGAUACUGCAGUCUUCACCACAGAGAAUAUUAAGGACGGAAAUGAGGAAAUAAGGGAGGCUAUGAGGAAGAAUGCAGGUUUCAGAGUGUGGAUUCUUUUCUUCUUGCUGGUGUUGACAUUUUCUCUACUUUUCCUUGACUGGUACAGUGGAUAGCAGGCUUUUAUAGUUAUUACUGGGCUCCGUACAUUUGGCGAAUGACUAAUGUCACUUGAUUGGGUUUGAUAUAUAGCUGUCUCGUGUUUUUAAGGUUUCCAUAACAUUGGAAAGAACCACUAAAAUAUAACAAACUUACAGGUGGAAUAUAAUCUAGUGCAUCAUUGUUAAGCCAUAAUUAUGCCUUGUUUGUAAAACAAAUUUAUGUACAAAUAAUUGCAAUAUAACUUAUAAUAUGUGUUCAUGUGUUUAAAGAUAUUCAAGAUAAUGCAUUGAAUAAAAUGUCAGAGGAUAUGAAUGUUGUCAUUUACGCAUAUAAAAGUCUAAUUUAAGUCUAAUUGAAAUGUGUUGAAUACACAUCCACAUACUCAGUUUGAAGCCAUCACCAGGUCCUUCAAAUAGGUGGGAUAAACAUCACAAGUUAUGGAGGGUAAACUUAAGUAAUGCCACUACUAAGGAUGCACUUGUGUGUUUAAAUUAUUGAUGCUCAUGUAAAAGGUGGCCAUUUCGUAUUAAAUAAACUUAUAAGAUUUGUUUUA